GCAGAGAGCUGGGCAGCUCUUUUCCGGAUGCUGGGGACCCUCCAUCUCUCCCAGAUGAAAAGAUGAUCUUGUGGUAGGCACCAGAACUGAGAACCCAGGAUGACAGAACCUGAGACCCUGGCCCUGCUGGAAAUGAAGGGACCUGAGACCCCGAAGAGCCCACCUCAGGCUUUGGUUCCCAAUGGCCAGCAGCCAGAAGGGGAAUGUGGAACUGAGUCCCCUGGAGCCGAGUCCCUCAGAGUGGGCUCUUCAGUUGGAUCUCCCAUGACUAGAGAUGGAGCUGAAGAUGGUCUAGACAGUACAGUAAGCGAGGCUGCCACCUUGCCCUGGGGGACUGACCCCCAGCCCAGUGCCCCGUUCCUGGAUCCCCCUGGCUGGCGGGACAUUGAGCCAGAGCCUCUGGAGUCGGAGCCACCUACCAAGUCAGAGGAGCCACCUGAAGAUGAUGCCAACCUGCUCCCCGGGAAGGCAGCCCGGGCCUUUGUACCCAUCGACUUACAGUGUAUUGAGAAGCGGCCCCAGGAAGACCUCAUUUUACGCUGUGAGGCAAGCGAGGGCGAGUGCCGGACCUUCCUGCCCAUCCGGGCCAUCCACCCAGAGCCCCUUGAGCGAAAGUGGGCUGAGGCAGUUGUGAGGCCACCUGGUCGAUCCUGUGGGGGCUGUGGGAGCUGUGGAGGCCGUGAGGGGCUAAGGGCCGUGGCCUCAGUGGGAGCUGCCCUCAUCCUCUUCCCCUGCCUUCUGUAUGGGGCAUAUGCCUUCCUGCCCUUUGAUGCCCCACGGCUGCCCACCCUGAGUUCUCGCCUGGUCUACACACUGCGAUGCGGGGUCUUUGCCACCUUCCCCAUUGUGCUGGGGCUCCUGGUGUACGGGCUGAGCCUGUUGUGCUUUUCUGCCCUCCGGCCCUUUGGAGAGCCAAGGCGAGAGGUGGAGAUCCACCGGCAGUACGUGGCCCAGUCAGUCCAGCUCUUCAUCCUCUACUUCUUCAACCUGGCUGUGCUUUCCACCUACCUGCCCCAGGACACCCUCAAGCUGCUCCCUCUGCUCACUGGUCUCUUUGCCAUCUCACGGCUGAUAUACUGGCUGACCUUCGCCGUGGGCCGUUCCUUCCGAGGCUUCGGCUAUGGCCUGACCUUCCUGCCGCUGCUGGCCAUGCUGGUGUGAAACCUGUACUACAUGUUCGUGGUGGAGCCAGAGCGCAUGCUCACUGC